GACUCAAAGGAGCAGUUCCUCAGCCUCUCGCUGCACAGCUCAGCAGGAUCUCAGCCAUGAGACUUCUCAUCCUGGCCUUUCUUGGGAUCUGCUGUCUCGCUGCAUACACUGUGGAAGGUGUGGGGAGUGAAGUUCUAGAGAAGUCAAUCUGUGUGAGUCUGACUACCCAGCGACUGCCAAUUAAAAACAUUAAGACGUACACCAUCAAGGAGGGCUCCAUGAAAGCAGUGAUAUUUAUUACCAGGCGUGGCUUUAAAAUCUGUGCUGAUCCACAGGUUGAGUGGGUGAAAAAAGCAGUCCGAACAAUAGACAAGUCCACCAGGAGAAAUGUGAGCCAGACCAAGCCUACAGGAGCCCAACAAUCCACCAAUACAGCUGUGACCCUGACUGGGCAAUGACCUUCUGGCGCCUGUCCCCUGACUAGUCAGCCAAUUCAUUUCCCUGUAAAGCUCAUGGACUAAUUACAUUAUAUUCACCUUGAUAAAGUGCUGCAUGAGUCAAGUUAUUUUCUUAUAUUUUUAUUUUUUUAUGUGUUAUAUUCAGUUAGAUGCUCUAUUUAAUAAAUAUUUAUUAUUAAGAAUA